UUGAUACAGGCGCUGUGUUCGUGUUUUUCCGUGUGAUGCUGGUAGCUGGGAUCUUGGCGGUCGUAGCGGCAGUCCUAGCCACGCCGGGAGGCCUCGACUCCUACGGGAACGGCGUCGGCGGUGGGUUUGUCGGCGCCAGAGUCGGGUACGGCUACGACGGCAACCACGGCGGCGAGGGUGGGUAUUCGGGUAACUAUGGAGGACAAGGCUACGGCGGUGCCUACGGCGGUUUCGGAGGCUACGGCGGCGGUAAUUACGGCGGCGGCUACGGCGGCGGCUACGGAGGUGGAGGCUUCGGGGCUUACGGAGGAAGUAUUGUCGGCAGCCGUGGUAACGGCAUCGGUUACGGUAAAGGUCGAUGAAGAGGAUACUGGUUAAUGACGCUCCUCUUUCCCAGGAUACACAAAUAAACAUUAAGUUACCGUAACUUUUAUUAGUGUUUAUCCCAAUGCUUGUAUGAUUAUUUUUUCCCCGGUGGUUGUGUGAAUGUUUAUUCUAGUGGUUGAAUGAUUAUUUUUUCCAGUGGUUGAAUGUUUAGCCCAGUGUAUGAGUGUUUAUUCCAGUGGUUGUAUAAGUUUUUUUUCCCCCCAGUGGUCGACGAGGCUCAGCUCUGAGUUACAUUUAAUAUUUUAUGUGAUAGGUUGAUGCAAGGACUGGUGGAGGCUCGACCCUCCGUCCUCUAAUCGCGAGACAGACAUGCUACCUAACAGUACCUGGUCCCAGGUCAGUGUUUAAAUAAACAGUUGAAGGAGUUGAAGCGUGUCUAUUUCCUCUUGUAUUAAUGGAUAAUUAAACGUAAGGAACACUUGUCAGUGCUCAAUAAUAACUCUCAUGGAGACUGAAACUCACAUUAAUUGGUUUGUAUAUUUCGAUUCCCUUCUGGGAUCCUCUUCAUCUGCUAAAGAGGGUCUCAGAAAGAGGUCGAAAUAUACAGAUCAAUUAUUCUUCUAGGUUAUUAUUGAGCAUUGUUAAGGACAGAGAGCUAGAGUGGAUGGUGGUUGAUGUGAGCGUUGUGAGUCAGUGGGAAUUUGGUGUGGCAGAUGGUUGAUGACAGUAGCAAGUGGAGGCUGUAUGAGUGGGUGGAAGCUUUGUAUAAGUGGGAGUUUUGGGAUUGAAUGGGGUGUGAGGCUUGGGAUGGAGGAGGAUUGAACUUGGAAUAUGUUGGGGGGUUAUACUUGGUGGGAAGUUACAGCAGGGGAACAAGUUGGGGUUGAAGUUAGUUUACAAUAGGAUUGGAAGAGGUCGAAAGAAUGGAAAAGAUAAUUAGGAUUAUAUUUAUCACCGAUUCUUAAUUACUAUUAUUCCUUGAGUACUUCUGUUUCCUCUUUAAUUUUACAAGACUUAUGAGUCCAGAUAUAAAAAUCUGACAUAUAUAAUAAGAUUUAUAAAUCAGAAAGUUUGAAGGUGCGUAGAUGUGGUGUGGAUAUAGUGUGGAUGUGGUGUGGAUAUAGUGUGGAUGUGGUGUGGAUAUAGUGUGGAUGUGGUGUGGAUAUAGUGUGGAUGUGGUGUGGAUAUAGUGUGGAUGUGGUGUGGAUAUAGUGUGGAUGUGGUGUGGAUAUAGUGUGGAUGUGGUGUGGAUAUAGUGUGGAUGUAAUGUGGAUAUAGUGUAGAUGUAAUGUGGAUGUAGUGUGGAUGUGUUGUGGAUGGAGUGUGCACGUGUUGUGGAUGGAGUGUGAAUGUGUUGUGGAUGGAGUGUGGAUGUGUUGUGGAUGGAGUGUGGAUAUGUUGUGGAUGGAGUGUGGAUGUGUUGUGGAUGGAGUGUGGAUGUGUUGUGGAUGGAGUGUGGAUAUGUUGUGGAUGGAGUGUGGAUGUGUUGUGGA